CCGCCCCACGCCACUCUCACGUGUGGUGGCUACUCCACUAACCACCUGCAACACCACCUCUACCACCUGCAUACACUCACACUAGCACUUAUCACCUGUGACUACUGAGGGAGGGGGGGAGACAUUACCACUGACAACUACAUCACUUCUCUCAGCUGCGGCGCCUGCACCUCUUGCUCCUCCUCCUUCAGCUGGCAACUGUGUCUGGCCUACCUCGUUUCACCACCUACAGUUGCACCACCAGCCACCUUCACCUACUGUGGAUACCAGUACCAACAUUACACCACUAGCUGCUCACUACACCGUCUGCCACCUACUGUAUACAACUGCUCGUGGCCUGCCGUUCACCUCCCUGCUGCCUCGUGUGCUAUCUGCCUCGUGUGUUUACAUUGGUGCUGUGGAAGUGACUGUGUGUUUAUAUAUCCUGUGUUGCGGUGAAGUGUAGUGAACUCGAAGUGUAUAAAUUGUGUUUUUUGAACAGACCAGCGUAUCGUGACGUGUGUGUGUCAGUAUAGUGUAGUGGCUACUGUGAGGUGCCAGCGAGUGUUGUAUGGUGGUGAUGGUGACACUGGAGGUGGUGUUAAUAUAUUAGUGAGAGAAAAUAACGUUGUCUUUUAUCCGUUAAUGAGAAAAAAGGUGAUGUUACUUUAGGAAAAUUACGAAGAUAUAUUUAUUGGUGGAUGAGAAAGAAAAGAAGAAAAAAAUAGUUGAUUAAUCAUUGAAAGAAGUAAAAUCAUUAUUACUUUAUAUAUGAAAAAGUGAAGUGAAGAAGCUGGGACAUAUAUACUGUACUGUACUGUACUGUGCUGUACUGUACUGUACUGUACUGUACUGUACUGUACUGUACUGUACUGUACAGAAAAAGUGUGAAGAUCAAGGAAGUAUAUGACUGUUAUUCAGAAAAGUUCCCUAAUGCAUGGUGAGGCUACGCCCUGUAGACGGCCUGGGUGGGGACACUCGUCAGCCGAAACUGCUGUCAGCUGACACUCACCUACGUCGACAAUCAACUGAUGGACGCUCACAUGUGCAGGCAGGUGGUAAACGUGUACAUGUACAACCACCAGAUACACGUACACGCCUACACUCAAGUGAUGUACGUUCACACACGCGGAGGAGAGGUAACCAGUCAGGUGAGCCGUGCGAUACCUGGCCGAGCCCCCCAUCAGUGUACAGCCUUCCAUCAUCAACCGCCCGCCAACAAGUAGUUCCAGGUGACACGUUCUCUCACCUGCCUCACGCAGUCGUGUGCUCGGUCGUAGACAAGGGCGUGGCCAAGGAAGCGCCUCGCCAACAAGGACUCUCCCUCACCUCCAACGAGGCAGGUGUGGAAGCUGUCAUAAAUAAGACUAGUGAUGGAAAUGUGAGAGGCGCGCUAGUGAGUAGGGUAGAGGUGAGGAGUGAGGAGAACGUCCCUGUAGAAGGCUGCUCGUCCUCCUCAUGGCUGUCGUCGGAUGCACUGUGUUUGUUGUUCUGCUGCAGGAGAGAGCCCCGGGAGGAGGGGGCGGCGGCACAGGAGAGCGCUGGUAUGACCGUGUAUAAGGUCAGGUAUAACGCCCGCCGCCAUAGUCACCUGGUCCACGCCCUACUCCUGCGUCCCGAAGACGAGGAUGAGGAGGACGUGGGUGACGCAGGGGUGGAUGACGUGUCCAACACCCUCAAGGUGCUCACGGCCAAGCUGGAGGACCUGCGCACCUGUCACGACCUCAUCAUCAAACACGGCGCGGCGCUGCAGAAGUCCCUGGGGGAGUUGGAGGCCCUGGAUAACACCCACGACCUGACGGCGAAGACCAAGACGGUGAACGAGAGGGCCACGCUCUUCAGGAUAUCCUCCAACGCCAUGAUUAAUGCCUGUAACGACUACGUUGAGGUGAGCAGCACUGCAGGGCGCAAAUGGCAGCGACUUCUGCAGCAUGAACGAGACCAGCGGGUGAGGCUGGAAGAUAUGGUGGAGCAGCUAGCCCGCCAACAUUCCCAUCUUGAGCAGGAGGCCAAGGAGCAGAUGAACCAGGCCAUGCCACCUGGUGUGCAAAACCCCGUACCUACAAGUUCCACCGUAGAAGUCAAUGUGUUUGGUCAGCCAGAACAAUUUUCCCUACAAGGAGAGCCGCCAGGACACAGCCACAGUGAAGACGAGGAGGAGAAUGAGUUCGAGGAUGCAGUUGAAGAAUUAGCAGAAAACUUCAUAGUACAUGUUAACACUAGCCAGGCACACAGGAGGUCCAACUCUAAUGUUUCUCAGGCAUCGGAGGGUCAAGGUAUAGGGGACACAGUGUCAGCGUCCAGCAGUGAGGGUGAUGGUCAGGACAACACCGUCCAAGUCAUCAUGAGAAAAGACAACAAUACGGAUAGUAGCUAUAGUUUAAGUGAAGAAAUGGCCAGCCUGAAUGGGUCUCAAGCCACCACACCAACGGAAAAUGAGAUGAAACAGGCUAACGGGCGGCCCAAGCGUCAGCGCCGAUCCCGCGUCCCAGAAAAACCAAAUUAUCCUAUUAAUCUAUGGUCUAUUAUGAAAAAUUGCAUAGGAAAGGAACUCUCUAAAAUCCCCAUGCCAGUUAACUUUAGUGAACCCUUAUCAUUCUUGCAACGAUUAACAGAAGACUUUGAAUAUAGUGACAUUUUGGACAGAGCAUCACAGGCAGAGGAUACGUGUGAACAGUUGUCGCUGGUUGCUGCAUUUACAGUCUCUUCUUAUGCCACAACAGCUGUGAGAACAGCAAAGCCUUUCAACCCCCUCCUUGGUGAAACAUAUGAGUGUGAUCGUACAGAUGAUCUUGGGUGGAGAGCAAUCAGUGAACAGGUGUCGCAUCAUCCACCUAUUGUGGCACAGUAUGUUGAGGGCAGCACUGGAUGGAGCAGCUGGCAAGAGUUCUCUAUGUCGUCCAAGUUCCGGGGCAAGUACCUCCAGAUCAUCCCCCUCGGCAUCGCUCAUCUCCACUUUAACAACAGUGGUAAUCACUACACUUGGAGGAAGGUGUCCACCACAGUUCACAAUAUGAUCGUUGGGAAGCUGUGGCUGGACAACCAUGGAGAGAUGGAGAUCAUUAACCACAAAACUGGAGACAAGUGUUGCCUUAAGUUCAUUCCUUAUUCUUAUUUCUCCAGGGAAACUCCAAAGAAGGUUACUGGAUAUGUUGUGGACAGUGAAGGUACUUUUAAGUGGUUCAUCACGGGUAUGUGGGAUGAGAAGAUAGAAGCCUGCCGUGUGACUUCUCAGUCCAUACGUGCUGGUAAGCCAGUCUAUGAGACCGGUCCACCUAAAGUACUGUGGAAGAGGAACACGGUUACUCCAGAUGCAGAGAAAUUCUACAAUUUCACUGAGCUAGCUUGUCAGUUGAACGAACCGGAAGAAAACGUGUGCCCCACAGAUUCUCGGAACAGACCUGACCAGCGACUAAUGGAGGAUGGCAGAUGGGACGAAGCAAAUUCUGAAAAACUUCGAUUAGAAGAGAAGCAGCGAGCAACUCGGCGCAGACGGGAGGCAGAAGCAGAGGAGGCAGCAACUGAAGGCCGGGAAUACCCAGCUUACAGUCCUACUUGGUUCACCAAGGAGACUGAUGAAUCCACCGGGGCCCUUGUGUUCAGGUACACUCACGAGUACUGGGACUGCAAGGAUCGCCAGGAUUGGUCCAGAUGCCCAGAUAUCUUCUAGUACCUGCCUUAUUACCUACCACCUAUUUAUUACUGAUGGCCCUCUAGAGGCAGUGUUGUCCAAUACAUCAGGAAGGUUUCAAAAUGACUUGGAACUGCAUUGGUGGAAGUUUAUAUUAUCUUGAUUACUGUGGUGAUGUAUCUGACAGAAUUAUGUUCCAUUUCUUCACAGCUUGGUCACUAUAUCUGCGUCAUAUUUAUAACAUGUCACAUCUUCAGCUAAAUUCACCAACAUCUACACACUCACAUGCUCAACCUCUCCAAGACCUCGCUGUUUGAAUAAGACAUUUGGAUUGAUAACAGCGAACAGUAUGUUGACAAUGUGUGCAGAGCCCACAGUACAGCUCACAUUCACUGUAACAGUGAUAUAUUUACUCCAUAUCAAGGACUCAGAAUUACCUUUAAGGCUCUAGGUGCUAAUACUCUGUGUUUUAACUGCAGUCUUGAGGUACUUGUGAUCCUAUUUAUAUGGCAGAACUGACUUCAGUACUUCAGGAGAUUUUCAUGGUGUGUAAAGUGCAUGAGUGACUGAAGGUAAAUUACUGUGGUGCCAGUACGCUGGACCAGCUGUGAACUGAACAUACAUUACCAGUGGACAUUAUUCAUUUAAAUACCAAGUUUUGUAAUUGUAACAUUAUACUAUGUGUUCCUUGUUCUUAAGGCAUAUUUUAUGGUCUCAGCUAUUACUUUGUUGAGUUAAUAUAAUUUAUAAUUUCUCAAAGUUAUGGGGCUUGUGCAAACUCUUGCAGUGGUCUACUGCCCAUUGUACAGUUAUAUUUUACACUAGUAUUCCCAAUUUUAGUUAAUAAGAACCACCUAGAUGGUUAAACAUUAUUUGUAGUGUAAUUCUCUCCUCCCAAGGAUACUAGUGUAUUUAUUGGAAUUAUUAUGUCUUAUUGCUGCAUCAGCUAAUACGACAAAGCCAGUUAGAAUUGUUGUUUAUAUUAAAGAUAAUAAAUUUUUGCUUAGUGAAUGUUAAUGAUAUUCAAGAGGCUGGUUACACAAAGGAGCAUCCUUCAGAAGUUGUAUUCUUGCCCAAGCAUAAGGAAGUUUUUGUAAUUUAAACUGACACUUGAUCAAUCAAAGGAACUACUUAGUCUGGAGCCAAUCACUCUUAGCAAGUAAACUUCAAUAGUUUGUUGUAGGACAUCCAACUGCUGCAAAUAUAAUUUAAUAUAAUUUAGUAUUGCUCUGAAAAUGUUAAAUUUGUUGUAUACAGUAAAACCUCUCAGAAAUACACACAGAAGUAAAUGUUCUUUUGUUAUUUUUUUUCAGUAAAUGAAGACAUUAUUAAUGUAUGACAAUACUUUCAUAUUUCAAAUGAUAAUGUGACAAAAACCACUUCAGGUAGAUAUCAAUUUCAGUAAACAAACUGCAGAUGGCUCACAAGCAUUUCACAUUGCUAUACUAUUCUUGAAAAUAUUACUUCAACCAACAGUAGGUACAAGAUGGACUCAGUGAGCAAAGUCACAUUUAAAGAUAUUGUUACUGCAAGGAAAGUAAGAAGCACCCAACCUCUGCCCAUACUCUAAAUUUCUGAGAACUUGAUGUAGAUAAGACCCAUGUCCCUAAAGGAGGAAGACAUCCCAUUAAUAGUAUUCUGUACUUAAGAGAAAUAAUAUGAUCAUCCCAAGCAAGUUGUUGGUGAUUUAUCCUUACUUUUAGAGCUGUUACUUGUUUGCUUGUAUAUUUAGAAUUUAUUUUUGGAUUCCCUUGUGUAAAUGACCAAUUCAUCAGUAGGUGUAACAACUGGAAUCUGUAUAUGGAAUAUGUAUAUAUAAUUAUAAUUAUAUACGCACACAAUAUAUUUAACACUUCUUGUAUGCUAAUAUGCUACAUUUGAUUGCUUUUGUGUGUGGUUUUUAAUUUAACUAUAUUUGGGAGUUAAUUUGCAAAAAUUUUAGCAUUGUAUAUGAAAAACUACCAGAUUGUAAGGGCAGUUCUUCUCCAGGUAGGCUGUAGCAUGAGAGGUCGUACUGCGGUAAGUUUAAAUUUUAUGCCGUGUAAAACAAGCGGGCAAUAUUGAUUAGUUGUUUGCUUUUGUUUUUCUAAAUAUCUAGUAACCCUUCAUUUAUAAACAAUCUAUAUAGACAGAAUUUACAUUAAUAUGAUAAAUGAAAUAAGGACAUAAUUUUUCCUCGAUUAUUUCUCUACCUAAAUAUAAUUUUUAUCUUAUAAACUCUCAUGGCAGCGUGGCCGAAGCAGUAACCACUUACAGUGGAUUGUAAGACAACAAGCAUAAUGGUGAGGUAGUUUAGUCACUGAUUGACCAAUGGUGAUGCAUCCCACACACAGAUUGGUUCAUUAGUGUUUCCAUGGUAAGGGAUGUCAUCUGGCACCUGUCAGUUACAACCUGAUCUACACUAAAUCAUGUGCACUACGCUACAAAUGUUACUGUUUAAUAUAGCGAGAUGAAGUAAUGUAAUGUCAGACCAGACAUUGGAAGUACAGUAUGUGGUGGCCAUAGGCAGGGGUUGAUGACAUGGCGAUGGUGAGUGUCGUCUCCCAUCACAUUCACUAUAGCGUUAAAAUGAAUGAAAAUGAAAUGCAUACCUUAAUAUUUUAAUAUCUAAAAGUCAUUUAUACAACACUACUGUACAGAACAGAGUGUGGGGAACAGCUGUGCCAUGAACAUGCAGUGUUGGGUCACCAUUCUGUUGUGUGCGUGUUUACCAGCCCUCGUCUUGAGAUGACAUAACUCCAAUAAUCUGUUUAUUGAUUAGAAUAAACUUUAGUUAUGCUUAUACAUUUUAGUGUACAAUCAAUGCUAUUUAAUAGAGUACAAUACAGUGUAUAGGGAGUAAAAAAAUUUUAAUGAAUGGUUCCAACGGUGCCUGGAACCUAACUCAUAAUUUCCCACAAUUUUACAGAUUUGUGUUCUCACAAUUUUAUGUAUACAAAGCCCCAUUAAAAAUGAGGCUGUACUGUAGUAUAUAUGACAUGGUUAUAUCUAUUUGCUAUUUUUCUUUUAUAUAGCCCAAGGGUACAAUAUGGUAUUAGGAAUAAAUUUGUAGGCAUGAAUUUUUAUUCAGUGAAAUAUAAAUAUUCUUCCAUAUACAAGGGUUCUAAUUAUUGCAUGUUGCUUAUUGUUGCUCUUGUGAAUUUUGAUCAAUCUCUCAAAUUCUGUUGGUAAGACACAAUUGUUAUUCUUUAUAAUUUUUAAAUAUCUCCUAUUUUCUGUUGGUUAUCUUAAAACUUUCAGGAGGGCACUUUCUGUCACCAAAAAUAUUGUUACUAUCAUGUCCACACCUCGGGUCAAAGAUCCAUCCACAACACUCGAAGAUUUUGUUGAAUAAGUGUGUGUGAAUGUGUAGGCUUUGUGGUAAUGCAUGUUAAGCAGUGAUCAACUACUGGCACAGAUAAAUGAGAGUGUGUAUAAAGGAAAGGACAUUUUGGCAGUUAUAUUUCAACAGGAAAACUAGAAGCAGGACAAUAGAAUAAGAUAAGUAGGGAAAGGAAUAAUAGAAAUAUGAAUCGUCUAAGAUUAUCUUUUUAUUGAUAGAGAAAGUGUACCACCAUGCUGUGCUCUUGUAUCUCUGGCAUGAGAAAAAAGUCAAGUUUGAGAAUAAAUGGUAGUUCAGUACAGUACAGCACUAGUGAUAGGCAGAGGCCAGUUUCUGAACAAGAACAGUUGUAUGCUGUCUGUGUGGCAAGGAUAAAAAUAUACAAAGCAUUUCUGCAGAAAUAACCAUUGCUUCACAUAAUAUUCAAACCAACAUGCAGACUUCUUCAGGUGUUGUGUGGGAGGUGACUGAUAUUGGGCAUUGAGGAAAAAACAAGCAAAAUGCUGAUGUGAUUGGGUAUAUAACUUAUAUCGAUUUAUAUUUAAAUAAAUUAAUACACACUAAAAAUAUUUUAAUAUUUGAUCAUUUGGUAUUACCAGUAAUAAUUUGGUAGCUCCGUGAUCUCUGCAGUGGCAAAUAAUCUCAUUUACUACUUGUGUAUUUCAGUUAGGAUGGUCUGUAUGUACCAUACUGUUGAAAAAAAAAAGGAAGAUUUUUUUUAUGACAUAACCUUUUUUAUUAUUUGAAACUACUGUACAUUAUUUUCUGUUAGUCAGUAUUGAGAUAGUUUUGCAAUAUUUUGUUGAUAUCGAAUUUUGAUUUUCAGGCUUUCUGUAUUGUUAUUGCAAUGUUAAAAUGAGCCUGACUCCACUACCAAUAUUAAAAAUUGUUAAUCCUCUGUAUGCGGCCAGCCGUCCUAGCUCCCACAUUCUGUUGCCAGUGGUCACCAGGAGAUAAUGGUAGCCUCAACCUCAACAGGUUCAUUUUUCUUAUAUUUUCCACUGAACCUUAUGAUGAGUAUAGGUUACAAAUUGUCUUCCAUGGAACCUUUUAAGUUGCAACUCAGGCUGCGGCUUCAAGUACAUAAAAUAAUGCUGCUAUCACAUGGUUUAGGAUUUGCAAAUGGCAACAUUGUUUUUAUUCAAUAACUGCUCAAAGAAGCUCUUGGCUUCCUCUUUUAAGUUACCUUUGAAAGAAUUUCAGUGUCUAAUACAUUUUUCUUGUAGAAAAAAUAAUGAAGCAACUGAUUUUGUGCUUCGUGUGAUGGUCUUAGUUAUGUGAUUAUAUAUAUAUAUAGAUUAAAAUUUUCUUAAUAAGCAUUGCCUGAUCAUGAAUCGAAUUCAAAUAAAUUUCUAGUUGGAUACAUCAAGUGACAUCUUGUGAUUUUUUUCUGAGCACCAUACCAAGUGCUUAGAAACAUUUCUGUUGAGACACAAUUGUUAUAUUGGGAAUCUCUCUAUCCCAGAAUGACUGUUACUUCAGUGUGUCUGUUGUUGCAGACUACACCAUGCAUCUAACUUAUUAAAUCUCUGGAUGUGUGAAAUAUUCUCAUCUGUUAGGUAUGCUGACGGUCAUGAGCUUAUUUUCAUCGCUGUGAAGAUAUUCUCAUUACUAGGACAAUACUGUUGAUAUCAACUGAGGAUGCUCCCAGUCUCAGUUAUAACUCGAUGUGGUUGCUGAGGAGAUUGAAAGAAUACAUAAAUAGGAUAUUCCUAUUUGUGUCACUUUUGUUGGGAUCAUUCAAGUCCACAAAAUGCUAUAUUGACUGCAUUCUUUCUUCUGUCAUCUCACAUCAUGAUCUUAAAUAUCAAAUGUUUUAGGAGCAAUCAUUUUAAUUCUCAGAUAUACAGUGUUCUUGUCUCCCUGGUGUGGUGAGGGAUGCUCCAUGGAAUUUUCUCACCUGUACAGUGUUUGUUUAUUAUUGCUGUAUGAAUUUCUUCUAGAAUUGAAAGGCCCGAUUAAUUAAAAUAUAUUUUAUCUUAAAAUCAUUUUCUAUAUAAAUCAGACACAUUAAUACAUCGAAAACGAUUGUAGUAAAUAAACAUGCCUCCUCCUCCUGUCCUUAUAGAACACUGGAUAUGUUUCUAUAGUGAUCACUUUCAGGUUCCAGAGAGAAAGUGAUCAUUGUGAAAUGACUAUGUAUUAGGAUGGUUGCCCUUGCCACAGAAUAGUUUGCCUGCUUGUGAUAAAAUGAAGAUGUAGGAGAUUAGGGCAGCCAACAGCUCUUUAGGAGAGAAUAGAGCAGGUGACAGCUCUGCAGGAGAAAAUAGAGCAGCCAUCAGCUCUGUAGAAAUACUAGUACACCUUAUUUAGGGACUUCAUCUGUACAUAUUCCCAUGUUAGGGGUGUGUGCUGACCAAUGUUACAGUUCAACCUUAUUAACUCUGCACUCCUCUGUUUACUUCAUUCAAAGAUAUAGUUGGUUGUCACAGCGGCCACUCUGAAACCAAUAACCAGAUUUAUAUUUGGUAAUCUAGAGCAGGAAUGCUAUAUUUUGCAUAGAUUCCUAGUCAGAAUUAAUGAGGCUGAAUUGCAGUGUUAGAAUCAUAGUUUAUUGUUUGAAUGAGGUGAUUGAUAAUAUACUGUUGUUGAAGCUUUAUAUGAGGAGAUGUGUCUCCUGUUAUUUUAAAGUCAGGCUUUUCAUAAACUUUAUAAAGGAGUGAUUGGCAAUUUAUAAGUACUGUACUUUGAUUUUAGUGUUACUAGGAAAUUAGCACUGAUAUAAUUUCUUAAAUGAUAAGUACAAUGCCAAACAUGAAACAUCAGUGCAUGGCAGUUGUAGUGCCACUUGACAAUAUAAAGUUGUUAGUGGACAUUGCCUCAGUCAGAUCUCUUGAUAAAAGGGAAUAUUAAAAGAUUUAUUAUUAGUACAUUAUUCUUACAUAUAUUAUUUGUAUAAUGCGUUAAUUGCUUUUGUGAUAUACAAGAGAAAAUAAAAUGGGAGACUAGUAUUUAUGGA